AUGUCAAAGCUUUGGUGUCCUCGCGUCCAAGAUGCUGUCGAUGCCUCGGAGCACUACGAGGUGUACAAUACCGACGACAUACCAUCGCUCUGCACCAUCAUUAUCGACACCAACCCACGUGCCUGGGCCGCCCUCACCGACGUCCUUCCUAUCUCCAAAGCCAUCGCGAACAUCCUUGUAUUUGUCAACGCCCACCUCGCAUUUAGCAAUUCGAACCAAGUCUCCCUCAUAGCCGCCCAUACCAACCGCGCCGUCUGGCUCUAUCCGACCCCGCCAAAGCAGGCUCGCUCUCAGGAUGCCAACAUGCAAGAUGUCGGCAACGACAGCAAGCCCUCCUCUGCCAAUAAAUACCCCCAGUUCGCCCAAAUAGAAAACUCCCUCCUAACCUCCCUCCGCGCCCUCAUAAACGACACCACCGAUGCCGACCUCUCCUCGACAACAACCCAAAUAUCCGGCGCCCUGACCCUCGCCCUCGCCCACAUCAAUAAAACCGCCCUCUCGUUUACCGCCUCCUCCACAGCCGCCCACGCCGCCACCACCACCGGCACCUCCAUGACAGCAGGGACUGCAGUUGGCCCGAACCCCGUAUCAAGCACGUCCACGGGCGGCGGCGGCCUCGCGGGCCUGCACGCGCGUAUUCUGAUCCUCUCGGUUAGCGACAGCGCCCCGGCGCAAUACAUCCCCACCAUGAACGCCGUGUUCGCCGCCGCCCACGCCCGCAUCGCCAUCGACACCCUCUCCCUCCGCGGCAGCGCCACCUUCCUCGAACAAGCCAGCUUCAUCACCCGGGGCACCUUCAUCCGCGCCACCGAGCCGCGCGGCCUCCUCCAAUACCUCAUGUUUGGCUUCGGCAGCGGCACCGCCCCUUCCAACCCGGCAGGCGGCGCGGACUCGGGCAAGGGCCCCGCCAGCUCCAAGACCGCCAGCUCCGGCCCUGGCGGCCAAGGCACCACCACGGGAGGAGGAGGAGGAGGAGGAGGAGGAGGAGGAGGAGGAGGAAAACACGGCAAGACGGGCAAGCUGGGGCUGGGGGCGAGCGUGGCCGAGCUGCUGGUGACGCCCAGCGCGGACGCGGUCGACUUCCGCGCGGCGUGCUUCUGCCACCGCAACGUCGUCGACACGGGCUUCGUCUGCUCCAUCUGCCUGAGCAUCUUCUGCGAGGUGCCCGACGGCGGCGAGUGCCUGACGUGCGGCACCGCGCUCGCCCUGGGAAACUACGGCAAGCGGCCCGUCGUGGCCGCCGGCGGCGCGGCUGCGAAUAGUGCUGCUAGCGGUGCGUCGCCGGGUGGAGGGGGGAGGAGGGAGAAGCGGAAGGUGGGUGCUAAUGGGGAGGUUUGA